AUGGAUCCAAGAAUUUCUCUUACAGUCUUCCUUUUCCUGAACCUCCUCUUCUUCACUUACACUUCUGCUCAUGUCAUUUGUCCUAGAGAUACCCUGCAGAUCGAUGCUUGUGCUAAUGUUCUCAAUGUAGUUUCCCUAACGUUGGGAAAUCCACAGCCAUAUUGCUGCCCGCUCAUUCAUGGCUUGGUUGACCUUGAGGCUGCAGCCUGUCUCUGUACAGCACUCAAGGCUAAACUUCUUGGCCUCAACGUUGACCUCACCAUCUUUCUCAACGUGAUCCUCAGUGUUUCCCUAACGUUGGGAAAUCCACAGCCAUAUUGCUGCCCGCUCAUUCAUGGCUUGGUUGACCUUGAGGCUGCAGCCUGUCUCUGUACAGCACUCAAGGCUAAACUUCUUGGCCUCAACGUUGACCUCACCAUCUUUCUCAACGUGAUCCUCAGUGGUUGUGGCCGAACACCUCUACCAUCUUACCAUUGCGUCUAA